UCUCCCGUCGUGGCGAGCGUGUCCUCUGUUGAUGUUCAGAGGCUCAGUUGAUUCCUGUCCGUGGUUAACUCAACAGGCAAAACAAGUGACACACUACGAGCGCGUGGAAAGAGAGAGAGAGACAGAGAGAGAGCGUCGCGAAUAAAACACACACAACGUCUAUAUUCGGCAUCUGCUGCUUCAGUAGGAGAAUCCCUGUUUCCUGAGACAAAGAAAGAAGAUCUCGACACGCCCUAUUGUUCACAUGUCGCAACUAGCUUAAUCCUACGUAAUUUUAUGCAAAAACCAGUUUGUGGUGGCGGAUAAAACUGAUUUUAAUGGAACUAUACUCUAAUGAAAGAGAAACAUGAACAUAUUUUAUUUUGUUUUAAAAUAAUGCAAUAAAGUAUCUGUGAGAUGUUACGCUUCGACAGAAGUAUAUAUUAUUGACUUUAACGUAGAGAGGUCUUAAAAGUACCAAGAAAUGCUUUUGGACACUGCAGAAAUGUCGAGUCGUCAUCAGCACAACAGGUUUUAAGGCCGUUUGUCAUUUAUCUGAAUCGUAAUUUUUAUUCUACUUCAGGAAAAAAGAAAAUUUAUGUUUCGUCUUCGAAUUUUCGUGUGUGUUUUGUGAAUUUUAUGUUUCGUCCAUUGUAAGUGUCUGUGAGUGUUUGAAAAAACAACAAAGGGAGACAUAAAUUAGCCUAAUAUUUGAACUGAGAAUAUCAGAUAAGUUACCAAACUAUAACUGGCACCAGAAGAGUCAUCAAGCAACAAUGAAGUAUUCACGGAUGAUGGUGCAGUUAAUUUCUCUUGUCCUGGCCCUCAUUUCAACAACAGUAAACUCGCUCGGUACACGCAACUGCCAGACGAUGUCAGGAAGCAACAUUUACAGUGCACUGAAGCCACUGUACUUGGCGACCAAGUUAGUGGGCCUCGCACCGUAUCCAGCGGGCAAAACUGGAACUGCCAUUCCGGAUGUCACCACAAAGAGUCGCUUCGGGUUUUGCACUCUGCAUAACUACAUUGCCUUUCUUUAUUUGUUGGCUUGGUUCAUUUUUAACGUGACCUGGGAGGGGAUUUACAGAUACCCAAAGCUAUCCAAUAGAAGCAUUAUUCCUAUCGUAAUUCGCACGUGUUCCUUUGCAAGCAUGUGCCUGUCAUCUUUGAUUCUUUGUCACCGUGGAACUCACGAAGAGUUUUGCACGAAAAUAGCUUUGGUUGACCAAAUUCUACUUGGGAAAAAGGCAUCAUUAUCUUACAUGAAGACAAAACUGAUAGUGGUCAUUGAAAUACUGCUGAUGGUUGUAAUGUCUUGCUUCAUGAUUCUCUUUGAUAUGAAUGGGCGAAACGUCAGUUUUAUAUCCACGGUGAAAUUGUCUGGCUGGAUUGUUGGAGGAGUCAUUGGUACAAUUACGAUUAUACAAUUUGUGAUUUAUGUUUUGAUAUUGAAGAAUAGGUUUCGAAAAUUGAACAGACAACUUUCAGCAAUGGUUGUUCGUGGGUUUGAAAAGGAAACUUUGGAAACUUUAUUGCCGAUUUUGGAUCAGCCGAAUAAGAUAGGAUUUGCAGGUGAGGUGAACGUUGUACACGGGUCAAAGAAUCUUCAUAAAAAUGAUCCCUUGUUUUUGUCAGUCAGCAAUAUCAGAAACCAAGUAUUACAAUACAAUAACAAUCACAUUCGCGCUCUGCGUCUGAGCCAUGGUAUAUUAUGUGAUACGGUAAAGAUAGUAAACUCCGACUACGGAUUUCAGAUUCUGUCUGAGCUAUCAUAUGCCUUUGUAUCUUUCGUUAUGUUCAGCUUCGUGGCCAUGGAUGCAAAGAAUGACCCCACCGUGGCUGACUGUGAGAUCGGAUCUUCAUGUGUCCGAGUUAUAACGGAUUUAUGCAUUUCGUGCUUAUGCAUACUCAAGGUUGUGACUAUUGCUGCAUCAUGCCAUGCGGUCACUUCUGAGAUAUCUGAUACGUCAAUAAUUGUUCAGAAGUUGGUAUCACCAAGGUAUAUCAGUGGUGAUACGCUUUCUGAACUGCAGUUAUUCUCCCAGCAGCUGUGGAAUACCGAUUCUAGAUUUACAGCUUUUGGUUUCUUUGAACUCAACUUAAAUUUGCUGUGCAGCAUGGCUGGAACUGCUACCACGUAUAUUGUUGUCCUGCUUCAACUGAAAUAAAUUGGAGUGCAGAAAAAUACAGCUCUUUGAGCUAACUCUUUGUGGUGGUGAAUUAUCAGGGUUGUACAUUUGCUGAGCAUUAAAUGUAAUCCCAACAAAUAUGCAACGUGUGUCUUAAAUGUGUGGCUUUGUUGUACUUCACACGACCAGUAUCUCUUACGUCACUAUUUACAUUCCUUGUAUGUAGUUUUAAUGAUUCUGAUUCUACUUUCUGUAAUGAAAUUACUAUUCUAAUAACUUAAAAUAUGUUUGUUGUUUUAUCACUAUGGUGUUCAAACAUGUAACCCAAUCAAAUAAUUUUUAAAAUACUAGAGUUAACCUCUGCAGUUGUUAUGUUGUG